AGUGCGAGGCAGCGCAGCGUGGCGCUGCGCGACGUGCGCGUGUCGGUGCCGGCGGCCAUCCAGCGGGGCACGGCGGCCGUGCUGCGCUGCCGCUACGACCUGGAGGGCGACGCCCUCUACUCCGUCAAGUGGUACAAGGGCCGGCGCGAGUUCUUCCGCUACACGCCGCGCGAGAACCCCGCCAUCAAGGUCUUCCCCUUCGCCGGGCUCACCGUAGACAAGAGCCGCAGCAACGCGACGCAGAUCACGCUGCCUCGGGUCGACGUGGGUCUGAGCGGCCGCUACAGCUGCGAGGUGUCGGCCGACGCGCCCUCCUUCCACACGCACCUCGUCUCCGGCGACAUGGCCGUAGUCGAGGUGCCUGACGACGUGCCGAGCAUCUCUGGUGUGAAGCCGCGGUACCGCACGGGCGACACACUCAACGCCACGUGCUCCAGCACGUGGUCUCGCCCGGCCGCCACUCUGCUGUGGAUCGUCAACGAAGAGCCAGGAUUCCCACUUUGGUUCAGCGUGUGUCGUGAGUGGCUGAAUGAGGGUCUCACAGAUCGCAGCAACGAUCUGCUGGCCGUCCAGCCACCCUCGAUGACCGUGACCGGCGCCAUCUGA